AUUUUUCCCAAUGACUGCAUAGUUUGUCCUGGUGGGGAUCCGUAGUUGGCGGAUAAGCAUCGUGAAGAAGAAUGUUGAUGUUGUCAAAGUUGAAGAGGAGGACUCAGUGUUAAUAAACAAACUUCAAAUCGUGUCAUUUGACUAUAGUCAUGCCAGAUUGCUUGGUCGUUGAAGUUUGUUUCUUCGUGCUCGUGGAGCAGCACAUCCAUGACAGACUUGUUGAUUGUCAGGAGUGGGCUAGCCAGCUUGAGGUGGGCCGAGCAGAGCACUUCCAUUUCUGCUUGUCCUGGCAGGAAACUUAGUAAAGGAUCAUGGGUAACACAGGCGACCGGAUGUCCGGAGACCGCCAUGGCGCCAAGGCCCAUCGCUCUGACAGCAGAGACAAAGACCACGAGCCCAGCAAGAUGGUGGACAGCACUGAUGACCCUAACAUCUUCAACACACACGGUCUGGGGUCCUCCAAGGUGUCGGACAAGGAGGAGCCCGACCUGGAUGACCUGGUGAAGACCGGGCCUCAGUCCAGACCCACGGUCAUUCGCUGGGCCGGAGGAGGGAAGGAGGUCUACAUCGCUGGCUCCUUUAACAACUGGGGCAACAAGAUCCACCUCAAUAAGAGCCACAAUGACUUUGUUGCGAUCCUGGACUUGCCAGAGGGAGAGCACCAGUACAAGUUCUUUGUGGACGGACAAUGGGUCCAUGACCCCUCAGAGCCAGUGGUGACCAGCCAAUUAGGCACCAUCAACAACCUGAUUGAGGUGAAGCAGUCAGACUUUGAGGUGUUUGAUGCUCUGCAGGUGGACUCUCUGGAGUCCACUGACACCUCAGACCUGUCCAGUUCCCCUCCAGGUCCCUAUGGACAGGAGCAGUACAUGUUCAGGCCUGAGGAACGCUCCAAAGCCCCACCCAUCCUCCCCCCACACCUCCUCCAGGUCAUCCUCAACAAGGACACUAACAUCUCUUGUGACCCAGCCUUGCUGCCUGAACCCAACCAUGUGAUGCUCAACCAUCUGUAUGCUCUCUCAAUAAAGGAUGGAGUGAUGGUGCUCAGUGCGACUCACAGGUAUAAGAAGAAGUACGUCACAUCUCUGCUCUACAAGCCCAUCUAACCCAUGCGUGUAGGUGCACAGUGCUAUAGAGGGCAGAAUGUUAAUACUGCGCUGGGUUUAACUAUGACAUGUAGUUGAGAUUGGACUAAACUAACAGUUUAUAAAAGAGCUGGGGGCCUGUGGCUGAGACUGGGGGGCAAAUCUCAAGACACCCUUUUCCCUGUAGAGUGCACUACACACUUUAGCGCUCAGCAAAUGGGUUCAAAGUAGUGCACUCAAUGUGGAAUAGGGUGUCAUUUGAGCUUCAGCCUGUGACUCCCUCACAAGGAUAAAUACUGUAAGUGUACUGUGGCGUUUUCCCAUAAUGCACCCAUAGUUGAAUAGCAAUAAGGGACUGAAAGAAACCACUGUGUGUGUUCAGCACUUAGGCUGCGUUUACACAGGCAUCCCAAUUCUGAUCUUUUUUUCCACUAAUUGGUCUUUUGAUCAAUCACAUCAGAUCAUUUCACAUCAGAUCUUUUUCAGAGCUGAUCUGAUUGGUCAAAAGACCAAUAAGUGGAAAAAAUAUCAGAAUUGGGCUGCCUGUGUAAACGCCAGCCUUAGAUUCUUUGUGGGUGCGUAGAAAGAACAUUUGGUUCCAUUAAAAACAUAAUGGUUUGAAGACAAGUCUGCUGAUGGGACUUUCAAACACAUAUAAUCAACAUGAUGUUUUAUUAAAUUAGCUUUUGAAAGGUUAUGUACAUGGAAAGAGGGCAGUUGAAUUUUUCUGGCUUGGAUUUAGCCCAUUCUUUCUCCAUAUUUUUACUGUAAUUGUACAGUGACUACAUUAAAUGGAUGUUCCUGCAGGGUCUUCCUUGUCAUUACUGUAAUUGGACAGUGACUAGACUAAAUGAAGGUUCCUGCAGGGUCUUGUUAUUACUGUAAUUGGACAGUGACUAGACUAAAUGAAGGUUCCUGCAGGGUCUUGUUAUUACUGUAAUUGGACAGUGACUAGACUAAAUGAAGGUUCCUGCAGGGUCUUGUUAUUACUGUAAUUGGACAGUGACUAGACUAAAUGAAGGUUCCUGCAGGGUCUUGUUAUUACUGUAAUUGGACAGUGACUAGACUAAAUGAAGGUUCCUGCAGGGUCUUGUUAUUACUGUAAUUGGACAGUGACUAGACUAAAUGAAGGUUCCUGCAGGGUCUUGUUAUUACUGUAAUUGGACAGUGACUAGACUAAAUGAAGGUUCCUGCAGGGUCUUGUUAUUACUGUAAUUGGACAGUGACUAGACUAAAUGGAGGAUCCUGCAGGGUCUUGUUAUUACUGUAAUUGGACAGUGACUAGACUAAAUGGAGGGUCUUCCUUGUUUGAUUCCAAAGGGACGAUGACCACUAAUAAAAUCAGGAUUUGCAAUUGGAUAGGCUGUGUAAAUUUAACUGAACUGAAGUAUAACAAACUAUGGGUAUUAAAUGGAAUAUCCCAUUUAAUCACUUUAAACUAAAGGCCUCAUAUUACAUAUCAAAUAGGAGUUGUGAGAUGUUGGCCUGUGUCUGUAGAUCUCUGCUUAGUUCUGCUAUUGCCUUCAUGAAAGGAUGCUGCAAGCACUUUGGCUACAAGUGUGUCUCCAACAAAUGCUCUGAGCAGGACUGUUGACAUAAACGUUUAACUAUGCAGAUACACCGACACAUCUUGUAGCUUUACAUUGGACCUCAGUGUCCAGUCUGCUUCUAUUUAUCCAAUAGAAAUGGAUGUGUCUGUUACAUGUUCUGUAUUUAUAGCAAAGAAACAAACAAAUAAUGGUUUGUCUUGAAUGUCUAAUACGAACAGUUUACUGUGGAAUGUGUGGUGGAUUUCACAACUGUGAUUCUAUCAAGAUGAAACAUUUGUGUCAAAUUGCCUAUUGAUUUCAUAAGAAUGUUAAAAAGUGUAAUUUACUUUCAUCAAUGAUGUUAAAUUAUGUUAAACUACUCAGAUUUGACCAUAAAUGUAUUUAAUAUUUAUAAUUCUGAGAUUAUUGUACCUAUUGCUUGUGAUACUUCACAACAAUAAUCAAUGUGGGCUGAUAUCUGUAGGUGAUAUACUCCAAAGAGAAGAUAAUAUAUAUAUAAUUACAUAUUUUAUUUGAACAAACUGAGAAAAAGCAAUAUCUCGCUGUGUUUGAAAAUAUAGGAUAUUCUGGUGCUUUAUUAGGAAAAAACAAAACUUGAAUUUUAAAACUGUUAGCUAACAUGUUUGUUUUUGAAAAUACUUUGCAGCAUUACUGUGUAAGCCAGGUACUAUAGAAGGUUGUUUCACUUGUUUGCAAAUAAAAAGGGAAGACGUGUUGACCCUGAA